UGGGAACUUUCUCCACGACAGAAUGCUCAAACCAAAAUCAGUGGAGAGAGAGAGAGAGAGAGGGUACUUCUUGUCCUUCUAGUGCUAGUGCUGGUUUCGUCUGCUGAAGUUCUCUCCACCGUUUGAAUUUUGCUCUAAUCAAAUUCAAACUGGACACCUUUUCGUUAGACACUUACUUAAAGGUGAGUGCAGACUGCCUCUUCUCUUCAGGUUUCUGUGAUACUUUUCUCUCUCUCUACACCCAAUAUUGGUUGAGCCUGCAAUUGCCUCUUCUCUACCUAAUAGUGGAGCAUUCUGCUUUCUGAAUCGAUAAAGUUCGACAAGGACAGCCACUAGAGCCAUAAAAAAUGCUGCUCAGAAGCUCCUCAACCCCUGUUUUUGGAUCCCUGCUUUCCUCCUUCUCCGAUUCUCCAAACAGGGAUUUUGAGAACAGCUCCAGCAAAAACAACAAAUACCCAUCCAGCUCUGAUCACAAUCUCAAAAAGAUCUCGUUUUCUCAUGGUGGGCACUCUUAUUUCAGCUCCUUCUCCUGCAACUCAUCUCCAAUCACUCCCUCUCUUGUGGGUUUCCCUGACUUCGACCCCGAAUCCAGUAGUGCCGUUUCAAGAGGCGUCCGAAGGGCCCGAUCGGAAGGCAACUUAGAAGCACUUGCUGCGGCCUCUCGCGAUAUCGAAGAUUCCUAUACUUCAAAGCCAUUGACGAGACGUUCACGAAGACCAAGUAUGUCGGUUUUGGAGACGAUCCCAAGUUUCUCUGUUUACAAUAAGAGAGACGGGUAUGAAGAGGAACGAGAGAAUGAAGAAGAAGAGGAAGAAGAAUUGGGUGAGAGAGAUGGGUUGUUGGGGAGGUCUCCCACAAUCGGAGACUGUAUCAUGUCUGUGGGAAGUGGUGGAUUCAGCUUUGCAAAGAACAAGAACAGUGGUUUGAUUGUGGGGGAAGAGCUUAGCUCAGGUGUGGAAGAGGCAAAGGAGUCGAAGAGCCCACCUCUCUAUCUUGCGAGAGGGAUUGGAAUUGGUCUUGGUGGUGGUGGUGGUGGUGCUGGUGGCUGCGGUGGUGGCGGGGGGAAUGGUUUUAGUCUUGAUGGAUUCGGUGAGGGCGCUCGCCCAGAGGGAUCCCAAAUUGAGGAGUAUUAUAAGCGGAUGGUUGACGAAAAUCCUUGCAACCCUUUAUUCCUAAGGAAUUACGCUCAGUUUCUGUAUCAGUCUAAAGGAGACCUGCAAGGAGCUGAGCAGUACUACUCCCGCGCCAUAUUAGUAGAUCCAACAGAUGGGGAAAUUAUGUCACAGUAUGCUAAAUUAUUGUGGGAGCUCCACCAUGACCGUGACAGAGCUACGAGCUACUUCGAACGUGCGGUUCAAGCUGCACCUGGAGAUAGCCAUGUCCUUGCAGCAUAUGCUAGCUUCUUGUGGGACACAGAGGAUGAGGAAGAAGGCAGCCUGUCACAGGAUCUUGCUGGUGCACCAGCUUACCACACUGGAGCAUUGGCCUCUGCCAGUGCAUGAUUGUGUCAUCCACUGAUAGAGAGAUGCUAAAGCUCUGUUAGUUAAAAUUUCAAUUUUGGAAAUGUCAAAACCUUGCUUUCAGUAGCUAUUGUAACUGUACUCAAAUUUGGUUUAGUAAAAAGAUAAUCUUUUCCUGUAUUUUAGGUUGUCUUAAUUAUGUGGAAUAAGGCAUGGCUAACUUUAUAUGUUAUGUAAUGAAAGGUGAUAUUUUAGAAUAAAAGAAAGUAUUAUGUCUGCAA